AUGCCAGAGUUCUUACCUCCCUCCAUUGCACAUCAGCCUGAGGAUAAAGACCAAGAUUAUGAAAGCAUCUGGAAAGUGACACACAUGUUUUGUGAGAACAUAUAUAGAGCAUUCAAACUCUCAGAUGAUGUCUUUGAUGUGAGAGAGGAUAGGGUGAUGGAGGAUGUGAACUUGGAGCAAGAUGACAAAGAUUCAGGUGAUGAGAUUGAAGGGGAGGAGAAGGAAAACCUUGGUAAAGAAGCAGAAGUGGAAUUGGAUGAUAUCUGUGACAAUGAUGACAAAAAAAUUGCUUUAGAACUAGAUCCGGGGUUUUCUGCAUUGUAA